AUGGCAGGCAUGGGCAUGCUGGGACUCGUCGCAUACAUACAAUACCAAGCUAGCCAAGGAGCAGCAUAUGCGGUCGACCUCUUCGGCAAGGCCAAGGAUGCAGCAUCAGGAGCUGCUACGGGUGUUUUCGAAGGUGCCGGUGGGAUCUUCGGGCAGAUUGGCAAGGGCUGGGAUAAGACGAAGGAGGAUGUAGGUGGAAUCAAGGUGGAGAUGCCGCAGUGGAUGAGGGACAUCUAUGAGGGCAAGACACAGCGGGAGGAAGGCGGGAGUGGCGGCAGUGGUGGACCGAAUGAGCCAAAGCAGGCUGGAGGUGGAGCUGUCGGAGCAGGUGCAGCGACUGCAGGUGCUUUUGCGCUUGGUAGUGAUGGCGAAGAGGACGACAGAACUCCCACCGAAGCUGCACGAGAUGAUCAGAUGAUGCUCCUCACACGAAAGAUGAUUGAGAUCAGAUCUUUGCUACAAACUAUCGGCCAGUCAGAAUCACUCACGCUGCCUUCGAUCGUGGUGGUGGGAUCACAGUCAUCCGGCAAGAGUUCGGUCUUAGAAGCUAUUGUGGGCCAUGAAUUCUUGCCCAAGGGCUCCAAUAUGGUGACAAGACGACCGAUCGAGCUCACACUCGUCAACACACCAAAAGCUCAGGCCGAGUAUGGCGAAUUCCUAGCUCUUGGCUUUGGCAAGAUCACAGAUUUCAGCCAGAUCCAGAAGACCUUGACUGAUCUCAACCUGGCUGUGCCAGAGACAGAUUGUGUCUCUGAUGAUCCGAUCCAGCUUAGGAUAUAUUCGCCAAACGUGCCCGAUCUCAGCUUGAUCGACCUGCCAGGCUACAUCCAGGUUGAAGCUUUUGACCAGCCAACUGAGCUGAAAGCCAAGAUCCAAGACCUGUGCGACAAGUACAUCCAGCCACCAAAUGUCAUUCUUGCGAUCUCAGCAGCUGAUGUGGAUCUUGCCAACUCAACGGCUCUGCGCGCGUCACGACGAGUAGAUCCUCGUGGCGAGCGUACCAUAGGUGUGGUUACCAAGAUGGAUCUUGUCGACCCCAUACGCGGCGCACAAAUUCUAGCUGAUCGCAAUUACCCGCUCCGACUCGGUUAUGUCGGUGUCGUGUGCAAAGUGCCUCGAGAGACGAAAUCAGUCUUCUCACGAGGAUCUGCGAACAUCACCAGUCUCAUUACGAAGAACGAGUCUGCAUACUUCAGUGCACAUCCUGAGACGUAUGGUCCAGACAGCCAGGUCACGGUCGGCACGUCGAACUUACGCAAGAAGCUCAUGCAUGUGCUCGAGGCGACCAUGUCUGCGUCACUCGCCACCACGAGCGAAGCCAUACACCAGGAGUUGGCCGAGGCUACGUACGAAUUCAAGGUGCAGUACAACGAGCGCUCGUUGAGUGCGGAGAGCUAUCUGGCUGAGAGUCUGGAUGCCUUCAAGCACUCCUUCCGAGCCUUCUCAGACACUUUCGGCCGGAAAGAGGUUCGAGACAUUGUCAAGCAAGAACUUGACCAACAGGUGCUCAACCUGCUAGCACAGAGAUACUGGAACAGACCAGUCGAGAACCUUCGACCGGUAGAUCAGCUGGCAGAAGGUCCACAAGAGCAUAUCGAAAACCUGCCCAAGGCCGACCCCGAGAAUCCACUCUGGCACCUUAAGCUAGACGCCAGCACAUCGACCCUCACAAAGCUUGGGAUCGGCCGCUUAGCCACUUCCAUUACGGCGCAAGCACUGCAAGAGAGCGUGCAGAAUCUGGUUCAAGGUAGUACCUUCUCUAGCCACCCCUUUGCCAUCCAAGCCAUCACCCAAGCUUCCACCAACAUCCUACGAGACUUAAGCUACGACACCUCCGACGAGCUUGAAAUCUGCGUAAAGCCCUACAAGUACCGGGUGGAGGUCUCCCAAGACGAAUGGCGACGAGGCCGGGAUAACAUCACGGAAGUGUUGAAGUCUGAGCUCAAAGACUGCGACGUCGCGACCAAAGCCGUCGAAGAUCAACUCGGGGGCAAGCGAAGAGCUAAAGACGUCCUCUCAUUCAUCGACCGCGUGCGGAAAGGCGAAGUCAUUCUAGACGGCAAUACAGAUGCAGGUGCCGGCGGCUUCAGCGCUGCUCUUCUGUCGAAAGGCCGCGAAGCUCUCUUCCUCCGCGACCGCUCGGACAUCCUGCGACUCCGUCUUGCAGCUGUCAAAUCCCGCCAGUGCUCAAACCCAGCAAACAAAUACCACUGUCCUGAAGUCUUCCUCGAUGCGGUAGCGGACAAACUCACCUCCACUGCCGACCUAUUUCUUGACGCUGAGUUGUUGAGUAAAUUCUACUAUCAGUUCCCGAGGAUGCUGGAGCAGCAGUUCAGGAAUUUGGACGAGGGGACUGUGCAACGCUUUGCCAGGGAGGAUCCGAAGAUCAGGAGGCAUUUGGAUGUUGUGAAGCGGAAAGAAUUGUUGGAGCAUGUGCUCAAGGAAAUGGAGGGGCUGAGGGAGUUGGAGAAGAGGGAGGUCAGGCGGUCUGGACGCGGGCAGGUGGAAGAGGUCGGGAGGAAGAGGAAGGGGUGGGGUUUGUUUUAG